UUACAACAUAAACUUGUGUGAAUUACAAAAUCUUCUUCUAUCUAAUUCUUCUCUGCAAAUAUUUACUCUCUCACUCUCAGAUCUUCUCUCUUUCUUUACUUUGACCGUACCUCUAUAUUCUCCAGAAGAUCACGAUCACGAUCACGAUUACGAUUCCGAUCUCUAAUUCAGACUGGAUAGAUAGUUGCGUUGGAGGAUCUACGAAGUUAGUUCCUUGGUUCUCCAAUGGCAUCUCCUGUACCCACUGGGGUACCAAGACAACAGGGACCUCCACCACCAAAUUACAACCCUAAUUUCCAACAGACACCCGAUGGAGGACUAGCAAAUAACAUGCAAAACUUGCAAAUUAAUCGCCCUCCUGGUGGUCCACCUGGUUCAUCUGGUCCUCGACAGCCUCCACCUUUUGCUCCUGGACAGCGCAUGCCAUAUCCUCCCACAGGGCCUCCUUCAGGUUCAGCACCAGUUGGUCCUCCAUCUUCUUUUCCUGGUGCUGCUCCAAUCGGUCGUCCAGGUCCACCACCUUCUGGUCUUCCUCAAGGAGCCCCUCGACAACCACCACCAAUGGCACAGAACAUGCCACAGGGAAGACCGACAGGACCUCCUUUUCAACAGCAGUCUCCUUUUGGCGCGAGGCCAUAUGCCUCCGGACCUGCGACGAUUGGCCCUCCUGCUCCAUCGGCAAGUGGUCAAACUGCAUUUAGUAAUGGACCACCUAUGAUUGCACGAGGACCUGUACCAGCUGCUCCACCUUCAUCUUUUCCUGGUGCUCCACCCCCACCUUCAUCUUUUCCUAAUGCUCAACCGCAGCCCUCAUCUUUUCCCAAUGCUCAACCACCACCCUCAUCUUUUCCAAAUGCUCGACCUCCACCUUCAUCAUUUCCAAAUGCUCAGCCUCCACCUUCCGGACCUCCUCCUGUAGCACAGCCCGGGAGUCCUUUCAGCCAAACCCCACGUGCAUUUCCAGGAAGUCCACCUAUGGGUGCUCCGAUGGAUCACACCGGGGGCCCACCACCACCAUUUUCAGCUGGAAAUCUAGGCAUGCCACCACCAUUUGCAGCUCCUAACCAAGGAAUGCCACCACCAUAUUCAGCUCAAACUCAAGGAAUGCCACCACCCUUUUCAGGUCAAGGGAUGUCAACACAAUUUUCUUCUCCAUAUGGUCCUCCUCAGAUGCGGCCGCAAUUCAUGCAGGGAGGUGCUCUUCCUGGUGCCAUGCCUUUAGGGCAGUACGGAGCACAAAUGCUUCCACCAAAUCAAGCUAUGCAGGUGGGGUCGAGUCACGUGGGUGCAGUGCCAGGGUCCUCCAAAAUCGAUCCCAAUCAAAUCCCACGCCCAAUUCCUGCUUCUACUGUGACUUUAUUCGAAACUCGGCAGAAUGGUCAAGCUAGCGUUCCGCCGCCUGCUACUACUGAUUUCAUUGUCAAGGAUACCGGGAACUGCAGUCCGCGUUAUAUGCGGUGUACAAUUAAUCAGAUUCCUUGCACCGGAGACCUCUUAUCAACAUCUAGCAUGCACUUGGCUCUGAUGGUUCAACCCUUGGCCCUUCCACAUCCUUCUGAGGAACCUAUCCAGGUUGUAGAUUUUGGAGAAAGUGGCCCUGUUCGAUGCUCUCGCUGCAAAGGAUAUAUAAACCCAUUCUUUAAAUUCAUUGAUCAAGGAAGGCGAUUUAUAUGCAACUUAUGUGGAUUCACCGAUGAAACUCCUCGUGACUAUCACUGCAAUUUAGGACCAGAUGGAAGGCGCAGAGACGCUGAUGAGAGGCCCGAAUUAUGUCGGGGAACAGUUGAAUUCGUUGCUACAAAAGAAUACAUGGUCCGUGAUCCAAUGCCUGCCGUGUUCUUUUUCCUUGUCGAUGUAUCAAUGAAUGCCAUACAAACAGGUGCAACUGCAGCAGCAUGCAGUGCUAUAAGUCAAGCUGUUGCUGAUCUUCCUGAAGGUCCUCGGACAAUGGUUGGCAUUGCAACAUUUGAUUCAACCAUUCAUUUUUACAAUCUGAAGAGGGUACUGCAACAGCCUUUGAUGCUCAUCGUUCCGGAUGUCCAAGAUGUUUAUACUCCCCUUCAAACUGAUGUGAUUGUCCAACUUUCCGAGUGUCGUGAACAUUUAGAGCAAUUGCUGGAGAACAUUCCCAACAUGUUUCAGAGUAACAGAGUCGCAGAAUCUGCGUUUGGUGCAGCUACCAAGGCAGCUUUUUUGGCAAUGAAGAACACUGGAGGAAAACUUCUGGUAUUUCAGUCAGUCCUUCCAUCAGUUGGAUUCGGAGCUCUUUCUGCCAGAGAAGCAGAUGGAAGAUCCAAUUCAUCUUCUGGAGAGAAGGAGACUCACAAAUUGCUUCAACCCGCGGACAAGACAUUAAAAACAAUGGCAAUAGAAUUCGCAGAGUAUCAGGUCUGUGUGGACAUAUUUGUGACCACCCAAACAUAUGUAGAUAUUGCUUCUAUAUCCGUUGUUCCAAGAACUACUGGAGGGCAGGUAUAUUAUUACCAUCCCUUUUCAGCGGUUUCUGAUGCAGCCAAGCUAUAUAAUGAUCUUAGAUGGAAUGUUACUAGACCUCAAGGUUUUGAGGCAGUUAUGCGUGUCAGAUGCAGUCAGGGUCUUCAAGUUCAAGAGUACACUGGAAGCUUCUGCAAGCGCAUUCCAACUGAUGUUGAUCUUCCAGCGAUUGAUUGUGACAAAACAAUAAUGGUCACCUUUAAACAUGAUGAUAAGUUCCUCGAGGGUUCUGAAUGUGGUUUUCAGUGUGCCCUUCUUUACACAACGAUAUAUGGCCAAAGGAGAAUCCGAGUUACCACCUUAUCACUUCCAUGCACUGCUGUACUCAGCAAUCUCUUUCGAUCAGCUGAUUUGGACACUCAGUUUGCAUGUUUCUUGAAGCAAGCCGCAAAUGAGAUUCCUAUCAACCCUCUUAUUCAAAUACGGGAGCAAAUGACAAAUCUUGGCGUGAGCGUUCUGCAUUCAUAUCGUAAAUUCUGUGCCACUGUAUCUUCUCCUGGACAGUUGAUUCUUCCGGAGGCACUUAAACUGCUACCUCUUUAUCUCUUAGCCUUAGUCAAAAGUAUAGGUUUGCGAUCUGAUGGAAGAUUAGAUGAACGGUCUUACUGGGUAAAUCGUGUUGCCUCUCUUCCUAUUCCAAUGGCAGUGCCGUUGGUCUAUCCCAGGAUGAUGUCAAUUCAUGAUCUUCUUUCAAAGGAAGGAGAUGGAUCAUCUAUCGACACUAUUCCACUUUCAAGUGAACAUAUAUCAGAUGAUGGAGUCUACCUUUUAGAAAAUGGAGAGGAUGGUUUGUUUUUUGUAGGCAAAACGGUGGAUCCUGAUAUACUACAGAAGCUCUUUGCUGUUACCUCAGUCGAUGAACUACCAACUCAGUUUGUCUUGGAGCAACAUGACAACGAGUUAUCAAAGAAACUAAAUACUAUGGUGAAUGAGAUAAGGCGUCAGAGGUGUUCUUACCUUCGUUUACGGCUGUGCAAGAAAGGAGAUCCAUCAGGGAUGUUAUUCUUCUCAUACAUGGUUGAAGACAAGAGUCCUGGUAUCCUCUCCUACGUUGAGUUCCUUGUACAUGUCCACCGGCAGAUCCAAACCAAAAUGUCAUGAGCCCCUUCUUGAUGAUGGCUCCUUCGUCAACCUUAAAAUUUUGGUCUUAAAGAAAGAGUUGUAUAAUCCAUCAUUAAUCUAUUCAUUGCGAACAAGGCAAAGAAAUUGAUGCAGCAACCGUGCAUUCUUACAAGGUGAGUGGAUUGGUGGUAAUGUCCUCCUUCCAAGUUCAAGUAGCAACAUCAAAGUGUGCUGAGGGUUAUUUCAAACUUGUAACAUUCACUGCUUUUAAAGUGGUCAAAUUCAUCUUUUCCUUUACCAUCGAGUUCGAGAAAGAACAAUAAGAUUUUACUUUAACUGUGGAUUUUACUAUCUUAAAACGGACUUGUAGUUGUAUUUCCUUGUCUUUUUUUUUGUAAGCUAAAUUUAAGUUAAGAGAUGAGAUUUUGGUUGUUGUUUAGUUAGACUGCGAUUCUAUGAAAGAUCGCAGAUCAUUUUGUUUUGAAAAAUAGUUCAAUAUAUAAAUACAUACACACUCUCAUUGCUGAUUUGUGGUAAAA